AUGACGUCAGCCCUCCUCUCCCCGCCCCUCCCCUCCCCUUGCCCUCGCCCUCGCCCCCCAGCGGCUCGCGCGGCCAGGGGCGACUGCCCGGUGGGGCGACUGCCGGGCUGCGGCGGCAGCGGGCUGGCGCCCACCCCUGGCCGGGAUUUAGUGAUUUCAUUUCAGGCUGUGGCUCCGGGAGGGGAAAGAGAAGGACGGGAGGAGAUCGACCGUGGUCUAGGGACCCACGGAGCCCAUAAGUUGCAUGAGUCGUACGCACGCCCUCCGUGUUCUCACCUUCCCGGUGCAGGCGGGAUCCCCGGGCGGGCGCCACGUGCGGAGCGAGGAGGUCUGUCAGUCCAUCCAGGCAGCCAGCGCCCCGUCCCAGCCCUAAGACGUAUGAAGCUCCAGGACUCAGCCUUUCUCGGGCUUCCCCCACCCCUCGGCUCGAUGCCCCGUAAUUCAGUGGUGCAUCUCUCUCUCCCCACCCCCACUAGUCCCCGGAAUAGCCAUGGGUCUUCGCAGCCUUCAGCAGCCUGCCGUUCCUCCAUCCUCCCAGCCCUAAUUGGAGAGAACUGCCCCGGGACUCCGCUGCCAUCGCCUGCACACUCCGCUACAUGCAUCCCGGGUCCCCUUCCUUUCCCCUUUCCUGCACUCCCUGCCCCGCCCGCAUCAUCCCCGGGCGCGACCAACCCAAUGCUUCCAGCUACACCCCGCUUCCUUAGUGCAACGUUUAGAAGCCAGUCCCGUCCGUCCCCACCCCCCUCUCGUCCCUGUGCAAAGCUACCCCCACCCCCAGCCCCGGCCAUCCCCGCCGCCCCAGGCAUUGUCCCGGUGCCUUCUCACCGGCUCCUCUGUACAACGCCCCAGCUCAUAUCCGCGAGCACAGCAGCCGGGGGUACCGGAGCAUCCUUUCAGCUCCUCACAAUGCCUGAGUGCGCCGGUGCAUCAUUCCCCGGCUCCAUCACACAAUGCCCGUGUGCAUCCCAUCCCACACUACGGCGACUCCAUUGCCCCCCCAUCCCCCGUUCCCUCCGCCAACUGCCCCCACCUCCUCGGCUGCCCCCUGCCCUCCAACCCCCCCACCCCCACCCUCAGGGCUUGGGAAGAGGCGACGGCGGCGUAGCAUUUAAUCCGUCUGGACCCGGCGCUCUCCCAGGCAAGCCAGCCCGAGCAGCAGAGCAGGCAGCGGGAGCGCGCUGGCCGGGGCUGGCAGGGAUCGCGCGGGCGGGCGGCGCGAGGACAGACACUGCGGCUCGCGCUCUCCCAGCAGCUCCAGCUCCCCACAGCCGGUGA